GCUGUUCUAAUCAGUUUGAAGACUUCUAACGAAUCCUCACAAUGCCUCGUUUCUUGUUAAUCGUUGUGGUUCUUGUAAUUUGUAGCCAAAUAAAAGCAGACAACCCGAAACGCAAGACGACCCACGAGCUGAACGAACUGAAGGAGAAAGUCGACGAUAAGUACGACAACUUAGAAAAACGACUGAAAAAGGCCGAAGAAGAAAUCACCAAAGAGGCCCAAAAACUGAUCGACGAAAACAACCAGGAUGUCGACAAGGAGUACAAAAAUCUAAAGAAAGACCUCGAUGAAGUGGCCAGGAAGAACGAAACGUGUGUGGAACCACUAAAGGAACAACUGGAAAUGGAGUACAUGGAAGCCAAGGAGGCCUCCAACUGCACCGAGCCCAUCGUUGAGGACACCAAGAUGGAGCUGGAGAAACUAAAUAAGACAGCCAUGGAUGUGAAAAAGGAAGUGGACGGGCUGGAGAAGCAAGUUAAGGACUGUGGAAACAAAGAGGAUUGUUUGAAAGGAGCCCUUGAUGACAUCAAGGAGAGUCGUGCCUCCAAAGACCUCAGCAAAAUUAAAAAGAAAGUCAAGGACCUGGUUGAGGACAAGCAGGACCAGCUGAAGAAGUGCAAGACCGUCAGGAGGUUCAAGAACAAAGCCAGACGUGUGUUGGACGAAGCCAAAGACUGUGAAUGAAACUAAUGACAACCAUCAACUUGGAACAAAAACAUUUUAAUUGUAUUAACAAAUUCCAAUCAAAAUAAACUAAUAAAUAUGCACUUAGUAAGAGUA